AUGUCUAGGCCGCUUGUGCUUAUCCUCGGAGCAGGUGCUAAUGUAGGCGCAGCCGUGGCUCACAGAUUUAGCCAAGAUGGGUAUCAGGUCGCAAUUUCGGCCCGUCGCAUUGCAGACGGCAUCUCGCCCGAGGGGUAUAUCACAAUUCAAGCAGACUUGUCAGAGAAAACGGCAGUCCCUCAUAUCUUCGCGAAAGUGAAAUCGGCUGCGGGAAUCCCCAGUGUUGUCAUAUACAAUGUCAAGGGGUUUGAGCAGCUCCCGGAGACCGUGAAGAAAACAUUUAUCUACACUGGUAACUGGCUGAAUACGACUAUUUCGGCCUCCAGUGCUCUUCUCACUUUAGGGGUGGGCAAAGCAGCAAGCGCAUACUGGGUUGGAUCGGCGGACCAAGCAUACUCUCAGAAGGGGUACAGGUUUUACUAUGCUGAUCAGCGCACCCCGGAAGGAACAGCAAUGCGAACAGGUGUUGAUGGCAAGGCCCAUGCCGAGUUCUUUAAGCAGCUUGCUGACAGGCAGGACCCUUCCGUGCCGUGGCUUGCGACUUUUGUCACGGGGAAAGGAUACAUUGAUUUUUCCAAGUAGUUAUCCACCCUGAUAUUCAGAGUUAUAGUGUAAUGAACUACUUCCUUAAGUUUUCUACUAUGAUCGUGUGAUUUAUUUAUUUCAUAACGAGCCCAAAGGUUAGUUACCGAUGCGAAUACAAAGGGAAGCGAACAUAAAGUCUGUCCAUCAGACUGGCCUUCCUACUCUUUAGGCUGACGCAGCUAGGAU